AUGCAAAGAACCCCCGUAGCGAAAAAUGUACCUAUAGGUCCUGCUGUUAAUGAGGCUGUUGAUAAUGAACAAGUAGAAUCUGGUAGUCAUAAGUCGCUGUCAAAAUCGGUGAGAGAUUCCGCGUCCGUUGGUAGUGUUAGUAAUCGUUCGCGUAGAAGUAGGCAGUCAGCAGUGAGCAAAACACAAAGCCAAAUCAGAGCUCUGGAGCUUGUCGACGAGUUAGAAGAACAGGAGUUACGUGCGUCGUUGGAGCAAGAUAGGAUUUUGGCUGAGCAACGUCUGGAAGAGCUCAAGAUCCAGAAAGAUUUGGAACUCAAGAGAGAGCAGAAAAAGGCAGAGUUCAUCAAACGAAAACGCGAACGUGCUAUCCAGAUAAGUGAGCUGCGUUCCGGUUCUGGAGAUUCGACCUGUAGCUCCAUGCAACGUGUACAAAACUGGAUUGACCGAAACGAUGGAAUGGAGAACGCUGAAAACAUCGAUCAUGCGGGCACCGAAGCUGUUCAGCGUGAUAUCCCUGAGAAGGGUGUGAAUGACGUACUGUGUCACGCUUUCAAGGCUCUUCAAAAUCGCCACGUGAAGGAUUUACCGCAGUUUUCUGGAAACAUAAAUGACUGGCCAAUCUUCGAAAACGAAUUUAAGAUGUCCACCGACGAAUACAAUCUAACCGAUAGAGAGAACCUCAGAAGAUUGAACAACGCUCUACAGGGCAAAGCACGCAAGGCUGUGGAAUGUUUACUGUCUGCUCCUGAGAACGUUAGCCUGAUAAUGAGAAUGCUGAAAUCCAAUUUCGGCCGCACUGAGUGGGUAGUAGCUAACAGACUGGAGUUACUACGAAAUCUGGAUUACGUGAAGGAAGGAAACAUCGAAUCGUUCCGUACGUUCUACAACGCUGUCAUCGGUACCGCGGUGGCGCUGAAAAAUGUGAACGCUGAGAUGUACCUGAUGAACCCUGAGCUGAUUUCCCACCUGGUCGAGAAACUGCCAUUAUUCAGUAAGCAAAUGUGGGUACGCCACAAAGCGUUUUUGCUGAAGCAGGACACGAUCGUUGAUUUUCAAGUUUUUUCGCGGUGGUUGGAGGAUGAAAUGGAAAACCAACUGGCAAGCUUGAAUCCCAUCUUCCUCAAUAAAAAAGAACGUAGAGAUGACCGUAGAGAUGUGCCGUUUACCAGAUCCAAGCCACCUGUUCUGAAUGUCAACGCUCGUCCUGCAGACCCACAAAAGACGUGUCCACUGUGCAAUGCCAAUGAUCAUCUGAGCCUCGUCAAGUGCGAUAAGUUUGCCAAACUUUCCGUUGAGCAACGCCGUUCUGCUGCGAGAUCGUGUAACGUUUGUUACAUUUGUUUGAAGCAAGACCAUUCGCGCCGCAACUGUCGAUCUGAUAGAACGUGUGCAGUAUGCAACAAAAAUCAUCAUGAAUUAGUGCACUCGGAUAGAGAAAGUAAAAAACCAUUUCGCAAGUUCGGAAACAAGGAUGCUGAGGAUGUCUGCCACGUCAAUGGUAGGAAUGUGACCACUCUGCUGCGUGUUGGUAAAGUUCGAAUUCGUAGCCAUGGUAAAGUUCAGGAUGUUUUCGCUCUAUUCGAUGAAGGAUCUUCACUCUCGAUGAUCGAUUCGGAGCUUGCUGAUCAGAUGGAGCUGAGCGGUCCAGUUUCUCCUGUGACCUACCGCUGGACAAACGGAAUUUUGCACAACGAUUCCGAGUCAAAGAUCCUGUCUUUCCAAAUUUCUGGACCUAGCGAGCAGGCUAAGUGGUAUGAACUGGACAACAUGCGAACCAUCAAGAACAUGAAUCUUCCUCGUGUGAACCUCGACAUCGACAGGAUCAAGCGCCUGUAUCCGCUUCUUGAUGAGGAAAAGUUGCUGAUGAUCCAGAAUGCCACUCCUAAAAUUUUGAUUGGAUCCAACAAUGCUGGCCUUAUUGUUCCUCUGAAAACAGUCCAGUAUUCAGAAAGAGGCCUACAACUAACGCGUUGUCAUCUUGGAUGGACAAUACACGGUGCGAUUGAACCUGGCACAACGGAUAUUGCUGAUCAAUUCCAUGUUUUUCUCUGUUCAAACGAUCAAGAUCUAGAGCUGAACGAAAUGAUAAAAGAGCUAUACAAAGUUGAAGAUUUUGGUAUCCGAGAUCAAGGUCCGAAAAUGUCCGAAGAAGAUGAACGAGCAUUGGACAUUAUGAAUCGCACACUGAAUCGAUGUAAUGAUCGUUUCGAAGUUGGACAGAUUUACCGCUAUAACAAUUUUGUGUUCCCAGACAGUAAGCCACAAGCACUCCGGCGACUAAACAUUAUGGAGAAGAAGAUGGAUGCAGACCAGAAUUUUGCUGAGCAGUAUUGUGAGAAAAUCAAUGCUUAUAUUGAGAAAGGGUACGCCAGGAAGCUCAGACCCGAUGAACUGGAUGAACCGUCUAACACAUGGUAUCUGCUACAUUUCAGUGUAGUGAGUGCUAACAAAUUUCGUUUGGUGAUGGACGCAAAAGCAAAAUCUCAUGGUUUCUCCUUGAACGAUCUUUUACUGAAAGGACCCGAUUUCGUUCCGCCAUUGAUAGCAGUUCUAAUGAGAGGAAGACAGAAGAAGGUGGCUUUCAUGGCGGAUAUUAAGGAAAUGUUUCAUCAGGUGCGUAUCAGAGAGCAAGAUCAGCAUUCCCAGCGAUUCUUUUGGCGCGGAAUGAACCGCACAGAUCCCCCCGAAGUCUACGUGAUGAUGGCAAUGAUUUUCGGCGCAGUAUCGUCUCCAUCGAUUGCCCAAUUCAUUAAGAACUUCAACGCUAAGGAACUCGAAGAUCGUCUACCAGGAGUCGUACGCCCAAUAGUCAAACAGCAUUACGUCGAUGACUAUUUUGAUUCCACGGAUACGGAGGAAGAAGCGAUCGAUUUGGUGAAGAACGUAAUCGCGGCACAUGAACACGGUGGAUUCAAACUGGUUAAAUUCGUCUCAAACUCCGAUGCUGUUUUGCAAUCCCUCGAUCCCGCGCUGAGAGCUGAACCGAGUGCGGAGGUCCACAUUCUUGGUCUACAAUGGAACCUCAGUACCGAUGAAUUUGUAUUUCCCUUGAAUUUCCCGAAGCUUGACGAAGCUCUGCGUUCCGGAACUAAUAUUCCUACUAAGCGACAGUUGUUGCAGUUUAUGAUGAGUAUUUUUGAUCCACUGAACGUACUGUCUCCAGUUACAAUACAUUUGAAAAUACUGUUUCAAGACCUGUGGCGUCUUCAAAUUGCAUGGGAUGAUCAAAUUCCUGAUGGUUUGGCUCCAAAAUGGAUAGAAUGGCUCCAACAAACUGCACAGCUGAAGGAGAUUCGAGUUCCCAGAUACUAUUUCCCCGAAAUUCCGUCGUUCCGUAGUGUAGAACUGCACGCAUUUUCAGAUGCAAGUGACAAAGCCUUUGCAAGCGUAAUCUACAUGGUUCAUCGGUGUCCGGACAAAACACACGUUGCUUUGGUUAUGGCUAAAUCACGUGUAGCUCCUCUAAAGUCUCAAACUGUGCCAAGACUGGAACUGCAAGGAUGCGUACUAUCCAGCCAAAUGAUGAAGAAAAUUUUGACCGACAACGGAACAAAUUUUGCGGGAGCCAAUCAGGAGCUCAAGAAUCUUGUCAGGACACUCGAUCAGCAGCAAAUAGAGGAGACACUCAGCGUCAGAGGAAUCGAGUGGGAUUUUAUCCCACCAGGCGCGCCUCACUUCGGUGGCUGCUGGGAAAGAUUAGUUCGUUCAGUCAAGACCGGUCUUCGUGCUAUGCUGAAGGAAAGACAUCCUACCGACCUGGUUCUCCGAACAACGUUAUGUGAAGUCAUGAAUAUUGUGAACAACAGACCGCUGACCGAAGUUUCCGAUGACCCUCAAGAACCAGAACCAAUAACUCCGAACAUGCUGUUACUUGGCAGAAACAACUAUAUGCAGUACGACCACAAUUUUGACGAGAGCAAUUUAGAUUGUAGAGCAGCUUACAAGCACGCGCAAGUAUUUGCUGAUCGUUUCUGGCGAAAAUGGGUUUCGGCCUACCGUCCAGAGUUACUGAAGCGACAAAGGUGGCAGGACAACCGUAAUUAUCAUGAAUAUAGACUCGGAGAUUUUGUGAUGAUUGUUGACGAGUCGUUGCAUCGUGGAUGUUGGCCUAAAGGGCUAAUCGAGAAGGUGAUUCAUGGACCGGAUGGAAGAAUUCGAACUGUCGUAGUACGAACUGCAAGAUCAACGUUUACUCGACCUGUUAGCAAAAUUAUUUUACUCAAGGCCACUUCUGUUCCGGCCCCGGAGAAUGUUACCGAUAGCAACGAGGUCAUGAUGACGACCAUGAAACGGUCAUAG